AUGUCCGAAAUUAAUAACAGAAAGUUAUUAAUUAAAGAAAUUGAAAAAAUAGCAAAUAAUAAGAGAAAGCAACAGCCAGAAUGUGAAGAGAAUCCACAACCGCUAUUGAUAACCGAAGAUAGUGUAAAGAAAGUGGAAAGAUUUAGAACAAACGUAUAUGAUGCCGUAAAUGAUCAAAUGGAUUGGACUUACUCGGUUCAAGUAAUAGCAGCUGAAAAUCAAACCAUUAAUCAGCAACAAAUUGACAGAGAAAAUAAAACUGUAAUGGAUAAUUUAUUGAUUCUCUUUGACAAUAUUUUCAAAUAUAAUAAAAAUUAUGAAGCAAAUUUAGAAAAACUUUUCACCAUUACUUUAAAAAAAACUCAAGGUUUGAAUACCAAAAAAGACUAUGAUCAAGCUUUGCAAUGCUAUCAACAAUUGGCAUUUCAAGGGGAUGCUGUAGCACGAUAUUUAAUUGGAGAAUUAUACAAUGAUGAAGAUUGG